AUGACGUCGACAAAGACAAUUCCACAAGUACUUUCAUGUCAAGAAUUAAAAAAACUUCUUCAAGUGUCAUCACCAUCGGUUGUAGUACUCGAAGCAGAUGCCGGCAAACAAGUUGAAGCUGAUUUUAAAGCAGGUCAUAUUCCGACAGCUCAAUAUUUUGAUCAACUUGAAUAUACAACGCCGACGGCAUUCAUGCCACGUGGUUUACCUGAUGUGAAAAGUUUCGAAGAUUAUCUAACACGUUUAGGAGUUUCAAAUGAAGAUCAUAUUGUUCUCUAUGAUCGUUCACCGGCAGGUUUCUUUGCUGCUGGUCGUGCUUGGUUUUUGCUUAAGACCUAUGGUGUUGAUAAUGUGUCGAUUCUCAACGGAGGCUUCCAUGCAUGGGUGAGAGAAAUCAACGAAAUUGAAACAUCGGAGGCCAGUCAUCCAAAAAAAGAGAAGAAAAAAUUUAUUGUGAAAUUGAACGAACAAAUGGUGCGAUAUUUCGAUCAAAUGAUAGCAAAUCUUUCUUUGGAGGCCAAUAGUCCUGAACGUGUACAAGUUGUUGAUGCACGACCACCAAAUCUAUUCUAUAGUGCCGAAGCCGGUCACAUGCCCUUUGCCUUGCAUUUGCCUUAUGGAUCCUUGUUUGAUCAAGCCAAUCAACAUCUGAAACCAAACGAUCAAUUAGCAGAAAUAUUUCAAAAAGCUGGUGUUGAUUUAUCAAAACCGGCCAUUUACACGUGUCAAGGUGGAAUAACAGCUAGUGUAAUGGCUUUUGUUGCUCAUUUACUUGGUCAAAAAGAACAUCCCGUUUAUAUGGGCUCAUUUAUCGAAUGGCAACAACGUGCUCCGGCAGAUAUGAUUAUCAAAGGCGAUAUAAAACCUGCCGUUAGUUAA